AUUCCAAUGUCUUAUCUGUACUGUAGCUGCAGCCAUCCUCCUGCAUUUAGCUAAUGGGCUCUCUAUUUUCAGCGUUAUUUAACAUACCAGAGCACAGACCCAGAGUGAUGACAUAGCAGCUUUAUAGUUGAGGGGUAUCCACCUCUCCCACUGUUGUUGUCAGCCUAUGCCACAGCAGUCUGGCAGCCUCCUCUUUCUCCAGAGACCAGUAUACAGCAUUUAAUAUUUGAUUCUUGCCCUCAGUUUCUCUGUUGCUCAACCCUUGGAAUUAAGAAACAAAAGGCAUCAAGCAAAGCUUUACCAUACGUUCAUGAGAUGAAGCUCAUUCACCUUCCUAUAUUUGCUUUGCUGGUCAGCAGCAUACUUUGUCAGUAUGACUACGAUCCAUUCUUUAGUUAUUAUGACCGAGCAAGUUUGGCGGGCUCACCUUAUCCAAUUUGUUCCGUUGAAUGCGACUGUCCAUUGAACUUCCCCACUGCCAUGUAUUGCAACCAUCGCAAACUUAAAACAAUCCCCAUGGUACCAGCACAAAUAAAGUACCUUUACCUCCAGAACAACCAGCUCGAUAGCAUUCCAAAUGGUGCAUUUGAAAAUGCCACUGGUCUCCUAUGGCUGGUCCUUGAUGACAAUCAAAUUAAUAGCGAAAAUGUAGGUAAGAAUGCAUUCUCGAAGUUAAAAAGCCUGCAGAGGUUGUACAUAAACCACAACAAUCUGACGGAUGUUGUUCGCUCCCUUCCAAAGUCACUGGUGCAACUGAAACUGGCAUCAAACAAGAUCUCAAAGAUUGGAAACAGCUUAAAAGGACUGGAAAACUUGACUACCCUUAUUCUCUUUGACAACAACUUGAAUGAAGUUGGUGGGUCUUUGAGUAGUUUGAAGUCUCUGACAUACCUUGACUUGAGUCUCAACAAAUUAACAAAACUUCCUGACGACCCUCCAGCAGCCAUAGAGAUGUUUUAUAUUAAUCACAAUAAGAUCAACAACAUCCCAAAGGACUAUUUUAACAAGAUGAAUAUUCUACAGUACCUACGCAUGUCAUACAAUGAGCUAACUGAUGAAGGUAUCCCCGAGAAAGUCUUCAACAUCACCUCGCUGAUUGAGUUGGAUCUUGCAUUCAAUGAACUGAAGAGCAUCCCCCUUGUUAAUGAAAACCUAGAAAAUCUGUACCUACAGGCGAAUAAAAUUGACAAGUUCACCCUGAAUAGCUUCUGUCGUAUUACUAGCCCUACGGAUUUCUCCAAAAUCAAACACCUGCGUCUGGAUGGUAAUAACAUCACUCGACGUAGUUUGCCCAACGAAAUGUCUCAAUGUCUUCGCGUGGCUGGGGAUAUAUCAGUAGAUUUUUGAUUUACACCCACCUGAUUAGGAAGACACAAGGUUGGGUCCGAUUUUAACUCUGUGUAAGUAGAUGGGGUUUUGAGUGAGUUAAAAUCUCGCCCCUCCUCCCCUCAAGGUUUUCAAGUUAGAUUUGUUCACUUAUUAACACAUCAUAUAGUGCAAACUAACACCUUUAAAUCUUAUAUCUUCACAUAAUCAUAACUUUUCUACUAUAUCUUCAAUCAGUUAAAGAAAAAUGACAGAAUUACUGAAAAGAAAGUAGAGUCAUAGUAAGUGGAGGAUAAGUGAAGAGUAUAGCUGUGUAAUGUGGUAAAAAGGUAUUAUUCUUUCAAAGUGGAUGACAUUUCAGCAUUUUUUUGAGACGUACAUUUGAAUCAAACACCUGAUGUACACACUUCGAGUAACAGUUGAAUAAAGCUCGUGGUUAGACCUUACGAAAAAGGAAAAUUCAAUGAUUAAUACUUAAAGUAAAUCAACUCACUUCACUGUUCUGUGUGUAUAUCAAUUAUCUCUUUCCUGUAGAGUCCUCUUCUGCUCUGUUUAUUAUGCUGGGUUACAUAUAUUAAAAGUGAUUUUUAAGAAUUCAGCACUUUUAUAACAAGCUACGUUCUGUGCAAACCUUUCUUUCAAAUUAUAGAUUUCAGGAGAUUUUCUAAUAAACCCUAACCCAAAAUAUGUUUCAAAAAUCUGUAUGAGAUUGUCAUGAGACAUCAAUGUAACUUAUACUGAAUCAAAUAAUACCUGCUCUAUCCGUAGUUACUGUAUUGUGAAUCUUAUAGAACAGGAUUGAAAAGAAAUGUAGGAUCUGUAGGAUUUGGGGGAAGAGGAGUUUGUUGGGUUCAGCCCAUUUAAUUCUUGUACAGAAGUUAUUAUGAAAUAAAGGGAAACAGUAAACAUUAUUUUAAUAACCAAUUGAGUGGCUUGCUUUUAAUAGUUUGUAUUUUUGCUUGAAUUUGUUUGGCUUAAAAAGCUGGGAGUUUCUGAAAUUGUUAGAUUAAUUUUUCAUAGGUGCAAUGAAAUAUGUUAACCACAGCUUGCAUCCAUAUGUUGUAAAUCAAGCAUGACCUUUAUGCAUCUUCCUUUAACAAUCUGUAUGCAACUUUGAUUUAUCAUACAGGAAAUAAAGCAUGGUUAAGAAAGUUGCAGUGCUGAUGGCUGCCUUUAACUUAUCUGUUGUAUCCUUCUGUUUUAGCUCACAGCCUUGAAGCUGCAGGAAUAUCGUUAGUAUGAGGCCACUGUUUUCACAGCCAGAUAUGUAGUGCUGGGCUUGAGUUUGAGUUACUUGGGUCACUCUUAUCCAGUUGCUAUUUACUUGCAAUGAAAUCUGUCCAAUUAUUAACCAGGUUAAUAGGGGAGGUAUCCUAUAGACAUGGAGCACUCCACCUUUGGGGGAUGGGGGGAAGUUAUCUGACAUUGACAAAGAGACACUCUCUUCAGCUGAUCGCACAAUGGUAUCCCUGACCAACAUGGAAAAGAAUGUGGUCAAACCCAGCUUGAAGUGGAAAGGCAAGCUCUCCAUCUGGAUGGGAUGGGCAUGAAUCUGAAAUUACUGAACGCGGUGUGACUGGAAGAAAGAUUUAUCUUAGAACUCCGCAAAAGAGCUUGUACCAAAAAUUGACCUGAAAAAUGUAACACUUCCAGAUGUAAUUAACUGACCUUGCAGUUUUAAUUUCUAUACAAACUUUUCUCUGUUUAUACAUAUUAACCAUUAAAAUGUAUCUCAACUA